GAAAUCUAAUAGAUCGCCACAUAUAUGUUUAUAAAGCACAUCAUAUCAUAAACUCAAUUCACAUUUGAUAUCAUUACACGUACACAUGGCGCCAAUGUCAGUGGACCGUCUCUGUUUCGUAUUACCCGCGGAAUCCGGCGAGUUAAAGCCCUCCAUAGAGACGCCGGCGAUGGUUGAGGAGACAAAGGAAGAUGAGAAGAAGACUCGUGACUGUGGACGUCAAGUCGUGAGUUUGGUCGGAGAUCUAUUCCGGCGAUUGCACAGCUCCAAGUUGGUGAAAAGCUUGAAUCUUUGUAUCAGCGAGAGACAUAAAGACUCCAACUUUCCAGAGAUUAACGAUAAACCCUUCACUGACAUGGAAGGUGUUCAGCUCUCCGACAAGAUCGGCGCCGAGAACCCGAGAAUCUUCGGAUACUCCGAGCUCUACAUCGGCUCCAACGGUUUCAGCGACGAGCUGAUCCUCGGAAGCGGCGGAUUCGGCCGCGUUUACAAGGCGGUGUUGCCUAGCGACGGAACCACCGUGGCUGUCAAAUGCUUGGCGGAGAAAAAAGGAGAGCAGUUCGAGAAAACGUUCGCGGCGGAGCUCGUCGCCGUAGCUCAGCUCCGGCACCGGAACCUAGUGAAACUGAGAGGGUGGUGUCUAAACGACGACGAAUUGCUUCUGGUUUACGACUACAUGCCUAACCGGAGCUUAGACCGGGUUCUUUUCCGUAGACCGGAGAUGAGCUCUAAAUUCAAACCGCUGGAUUGGGACCGGAGGGGUAAAAUCGUAAAAGGACUCGCCGCGGCUUUGUUCUACCUCCACGAGCAGUUAGAGACGCAGAUCAUUCACCGAGACGUCAAAACGAGCAACGUGAUGCUUGACUCCGAGUUCAACGCUCGGCUCGGAGACUUCGGCUUGGCUCGGUGGCUAGAGCACGAGGUGGAAGAGCCUGACCUCGAUCCGAGUUACGACUCGGUCUCCUCCUUCAGAAACCACCAGUUCCGAGUCGCCGACUCGACUCGGAUCGGCGGGACCAUCGGGUACCUACCUCCGGAGAGUUUCCGCCGGAAGAAAACCGUCGCCACCGCUAAAACCGACGUGUUCAGCUUCGGCGUCGUGCUGCUGGAGGUCGUCUCCGGGAGACGCGCCGUGGACCUCUCGUUCCCGGAGGACAGGAUCGUCUUGCUCGACUGGGUUCGGAGGUUAUCCGAUGACCGGAAAAUACUCGCCGCCGGCGACUCUCGGCUGCCGAGAGGCUCUUACGCCGUCUCCGACAUGAAGAGGAUGAUUCAUCUCGCUCUCCUCUGCUCCUUGAACAGCCCGCAUCUUCGUCCCAACAUGAAAUGGGUGAUCGGAGCACUUUCCGGCGAAUUCUCCGGUGACUUGCCGGCGUUACCUUCCUUCAAAAGCCACCCUCUUUAUAUUCCGUUAUCUUCUCUGAAAUCGACGUCAACGUCGGCGACAACGACGACCACCGCGACUACGACGAACCCUACCACCUCCACGACGAGUUUAAACGCGUCUUCCGAGUCAACACCGUCGUCAGAUUACGUCACUGCCCUCGAGGACUCUAUUUACCAGACGGCGGAGACGGGAGAGAAUCGGUAUUUUACUAACAACAGCCGUCGGAUGAUGUCAUCCAAGUCUUUCGUGUUGGACACGCCAAGGGAGAUCUCGUACAACGACAUCGUCUUAGCCACUGAUAACUUCUCUGACGCGCGUCGCGUGGCUGAGGUUGAUUUCGGUACGGCUUAUUACGGUUUGCUAAACCGGGAUCAGAAAAUUGUGGUGAAACGUCUCGGUAUGACGAAAUGUCCCGCGCUAGUGACACGGUUCUCCACCGAGCUGCUCAACCUAGGCCGGCUUCGACACCGUAACCUUGUCAUGCUCCGAGGGUGGUGCACCGAGCACGGCGAAAUGCUUGUUGUGUAUGAUUACUCGGCGAACCGGAAGCUGAGCCAUCUUCUUUUCCAUAGCGAGAUACCGGGGAACAUGGUUUUGCGAUGGAAAACCCGGUACAACGUGAUUAAAUCCCUUGCUUGCGCGAUACGGUACCUCCACGAGGAAUGGGACGAGCAGGUUGUUCACCGGAACAUAACAUCUUCUACAAUCUUUCUCGACAGAGACAUGAAUCCGCGGCUAUGCGGAUUCGCUUUGGCCGAGUUUUUAUCUAGGAAUGAUCAGGCACAUCAAGCUGCCAAGAAGAAGGGCUCAGCGCAAGGGAUUUUUGGUUAUAUGGCACCUGAAUACAUGGAGUCCGGCGAGGCAACGACCGCAGCUGAUGUCUACAGCUUUGGCAUGGUGAUACUUGAGAUGGUUACGGGCCAGCCCGCGGUGGACUAUACGAGGAAAAAGGAAGACGCUCUUUUGGUGUUGAGAAUCCGUGACUUGGUUGGUAACAAGAAAAAACCAUUGGAGGAGAUUGCGGAUGUACAUCUAGAUGAUGAGUACGAGAGGCGAGAGAUGGCCAGGGUAUUGAGGUUGGGGUUGGUUUGCACGAGGACCGAUCCAAAGCUAAGACCUAGCAUUAGCCAAGUGGUGUGUACAUUGGAUGGAAGUGAGAGGUUUUUCAAAGAGGAAGGGGGAAAGGAAGGUGACGUGAGCCGCAAGGAGAUGUAUGAUUCGUCUAUGUUGAUGGUUAGACAAAUGCAGGCGCUAGGGAUUCAUUGAGUUAUGUUUAGUGAAGUAAAUGUUAGUAAUGGUUAUGUAAUAUAUAUAGUUGUGCUUAUUUUUUUUUUUUUUUUUUUUUUUUAAUUAUAAAUAUUUUAUUCAACCCGAAACUCGGGAAAUCAGAUCCGGUUACAAACCCGUUUUGAACAAAAGCUCCAAUAUCAACCUAUUACAGAAACUAGCUUCGCCCGCCCACUAAACCCGGCACAUUCCACUAGCUGUUUUUCGGAAUUCUUUGAAAUCGGUUGCCGUUCUCAACCUUCGACAAAGACCACGAGAAUGUGAGGUUCUCCUUGUUGCCUUGGAUGCCGGGACUUCCCAUGUCGUCUCCGGAGUAGCUGGUUCCCGAUGAACUCCACAAAGCUUAUAACCAUCACUGUAUUAAGCACUAGACGCCAAUAGAGGAGGGUUUCAGGUACUUACAGCCUUGCAGUCGCCACCAAAGCCGAGAAUACACAACGUCACACAACGCUUGAAACCGAAUCCUAAACCGAGCAAACACCCGCUAUUGACACCACCAACCUGACACAAAACAGGCCGAUCUUGUUGCCACUGCCAAACAAGCAAGUCUCCAUAACCUGCAUAGAAAGUCAAGAACACCACCACCAAUCGAUAGAGCACUGAAGCACAAGGUAAUGAACGAUGACCAAGAGUUGACACCAAGCCAGUCAAUGACUCAAGGAGAACCGGCUUGACCCUUGUGAACUUCGAGAACCGAAGAUCCAUAACUACGCUGUAAACCCUCUAACCGGUGCCAGCAACAGAGGAACAACAAGAAAAACACAAGGAGAUUGAACUCCGAUAAGGAAGCUGCCGCAUCCACUCGAAGGAGCUUGAGAGGAAGCCGUGUGAGGAGUGAACGAGAUGAUGUAGCGUAACAAGUAGCUUCUCAACCGACCAUAGACGACCGCCGUAGCCACUACCUAUCUAGCCACACGAGUCUGGAUAGAGACUCAGGACCAUCACCGCCUGCGAACCGAGUCUCUAGACUCGCCUUAAGGGACAAGAGACCCGACGAAGCUCACCUAACCACAGAGAGACAAGGAGCUGGACCUCUCUGACACCGAAGGAGACCAAGAUCCAAACCGCCAUAGAAGAGUGCUUCUUCAACCAGAACCGCAAUAGAACACCUGCAGACCCGAGAGAAGAAAAACGCCGCUCCUCCUCGACAACGACAACAAGAUCCGGAGUAGAUCUAAGAGUAAAAUCGAUCUGCUCCAAAACCCAAAAGCCGACCACCACCUAUUCCACCGUCUCCACAGCCUCACCGAGAAUCCAAAGAUAGCAGAGACGUCGCCGAUGACACCCACCUCGCGAGCGGUGAAGACACCGGUUGGAAACUCUAUUUCAGAUCCGCAAUAUAUCGGGGGAGAGACAAUGAAAUCGGAGAAUGGCAAAGAGAAAACAAGAGCAAGAGAGGAGAGGGUGCCUCCGGCGCCGGCCGCCGCGCUCACGCGCUCGCCGGACACCAGAGCCAAAGGAUGCACGCGCUUGUGUUUGGGAGAGUUUAGGAGAGAGAGAGUUUAGGAGAGAGAGAGAGAG